AUGGCUUUAUCUGAAGUGCUCAGGGGCAGCCUUGAUGGCUUCACCUUGUCUCUUAUUCUGGCUCUGUCCGUGGCCGCCCUCUUUUGGCGCCUGUUCGCUCUUCGCCUGGACCCAAGGGAGCCGGCCGCUCUCAAACCCGAUGUCCCAGUCAUUGGGCACAUCAUCGGGAUGCUGAAGGAGUCUCAUCGAUAUUGGGCCAUAUUGUACAAGCAGAACCCUAUGCCGGCAUGCACGCUGCCCAUGCUGAACGGGAAGAUGUACAUCAUCAACUCUCCCGAACUCGUCAGUGCGGCAUUCAAAGCCCGCACCUUGAGCUUCGACCCGUACCUGAUCAAGACGCUCAAGCACAUGAUCCCCAUCUCCAACAAGGCCAUGGACAUGUUCGCGAAAGACGACUUCUUCCACCCCUGGGUCAACAUCGUCUACAGCAAGAUGACCGGAACGGAUCUGCUCAAGAUGAAUGUCAAUGCGCUGACAGAUAUCUACAACAACAUUAACAAUCUGCCGCAGAACAUGGAAAUCGAGGACACAUUCAUCUGGUGGAGACACCUUCUCACCGUAGCGACGAUAACAACGCUUCUAGGACGGGAUAAUCCGUGGAAGAAGGAUCGAUCCAUGGUAGCGAAAUUCUGGGAAUACGAGACUUCCGUCCACCACUUUGUGGUUGGCCCAGCUCCGCGCGUGACAGCACCCGCAGCAUACAGAGCGCGCGCUGAGAUGCACAAGGCUCUCAUGCAAUGUAACUUCGAGACUCGAGGCUAUGAAGCGCCAGACACAUCCGGAAUGAUCAAGACCACCAGCAAAGUCGAAGAGGAACACGGUUGGAGCACCUCAGACAAGGCCGCCAUGGCGAUCGGCAUCCUUCAGGGUUCUGUGAACAACACCGUCCCGAUAUCGUACUGGUACUUUAUGCACAUCGUCAGCAACCCGAAGCUGGUCAAGAAGCUGCGCGUGGAGGCCGAGCGCCUCGUCACGGCGGGCAAGACGCUGCCCAACGGCAAGCGCGAGAUGCUGGUCGACAUCCGCGGGCUCGAGGAGCGCGCGCCGCUGCUGGUGGCGGCGUUCCGCGAGAACCAGCGCGUCGUCGGCGUCGGCGUCAUCAACCGCUGGGUCCUGGACGACACGGUGCUAUCGGACGGGCAGCGCAGCUACCUGCUCAAGAAGGACACGCCGCUGCUGAUGUCGAGCAUGGUCAACCACACGCUGGAGGCGCACUGGGGCGCCAGCGUGGACGAGUUCGACGCGGAGCGCUUCCUGCGGACGGACCCGCGGACCGGGGCCGAGAGGGAGUUCCACGGCGACGCCCCGGUGCCCAGGGGCGCCUUCAUCCCGUUCGGCGGCGGCAAGCACCUGUGUCCCGGGCGCAGCUUUGCCAGUGCCGAGAACUGGGGCACGAUGAUCGCAUUCCUCCUGGGAUUCGACAUCACGACGCCACAGGGCACGCCCCUGGUCGUGCCGGAACGGACGAUGCCAUUGCCGACGCAUGGAACUGGACGGCCAGUGGCGGGCUCAGACCUGAGCUCGUCCUUCCGCAGAAGGAAGGGAUGGGAGAACGUGGUCUGGAAGGUUGCCGAAUUAUAG